AUGGUUAACGGUUCUGAAACCCUUGGUGAUCUCCUCAAGCAAGGAGGAAUCAUUGGUGAAGGCUCUAACUUGGCCCUUCUCUCUGAUAAAAUCAAGAGAAGAAUCUGUGCUUUGAAAGGUAACCAAUUGAAGAGCAUUGAGAUUGAAUCCAAAUUCUACGAAAAGGUUCACAACUUGGAGAAAGAAUUUGAAGCUGAUUUCGCUAAGAUCUACAAGGAGAGAAGAGACAUCGUCACUGGUGAACACGAGCCUACCGAGGAAGAAGCUAACUUCCCUCUUCUCCAUGGAAUGGACGAGGAAGAUAAGGCUGAGCUUUACUCUCGCUCUUCUCCUGAUGAUGGAACCAAGGGAAUCCCAGCUUUCUGGCUCCAAGUCCUCCGCAGCACCGACGGUAUCGGAGAGGUCAUUCGUGAGUGCGACGAGCCAAUCCUUGAACAUCUUAUUGACAUCAACACUGAAGUCAGCGUAUCACCACCAGGAUUCACCAUCUUCUUCCACUUCUCUCCUAACCCAUUCUUCAAGAACACCAUCUUGAAGAAGAAAUAUGAACUCCAAAUUUCUCCCGACCAUGAGGCUCCAUUCGAUUUCGAUGGACCAAUCGUUUCCGGAUCUACUGGUGACGUCAUCGAAUGGGAGGAAGGAAAGAACGUAACCAAGAAGGUAGUUAAGAAGAAGGCUAAAAAGGGUGCUAAUGCUGGGCGAUUCCUUACUAAAACUGUUCAAAACGAAUCUUUCUUCAACUUCUUCACCCCAAUCGACCCUGCUGAGGUUAAUCAAGAAGCCGCUGAUCACAACGAGAAGUUGGAACUUACCAGAGUUGACUACGAAUUAGGACAACUUUUGAGAGAUCAUGUUAUCCCAAGAGCUGUUCUCUUCUACACCGGAGAGAAUGAUCUUUCUGAUGACUUCGACCUUUCUGGCGAAGAUUUCGAAGAUGACGAUUCCGAGGAAGAUGAUGGAGAUGAAUAA